CUCAGCUUCAAGCCGAAGCUCGCCACGAUGACGGAGCUCAGCGACCAGCGAUUCUACGCACAGGCAGACGAGAAUGCUGAAGGAGGCUUCUCUACCCCGCCAGAGAACUCGGCGCGAGGCUGGCAGCCGACACCGCCGACUGGAGGAGCCCGGCGGGGGGAAGUUGGAGCCGAUCAUCGUGCCGUACCUGAGUCCGCUCGUGCUGCGCAAGGAGCUAGAGAACGUGCUCAACCAGGAGGGAGACCAGUGCAUGACGCGCGCUGACGUUGCUCAUGAUCACCCGAUCAUCUACUGCGAACUCGUUUGGUACAUGAAGAGACUGGAUGCGCCGAGUCAUCUACCCGGUCUCAUGCUACGAGCAAAGCUCAUCAACAAAGGCAGGGACAUUCCGAAGGCGUGGGCGACAGCUAACUCGAAGCACGUCGUCGUGCGCACGAUGUGGGACAGCCCCUCGCUACAGGAGGACCUCGGCAAGCCCAUGUACCUCAUGUGGUCGCACAACCUGGAUGUGUCACCAUUAGUGAAGGCGCUUGUAACAGAACAGGGGAUACUCUCUCGCAGCCUCAUGCAGAUGAUCGUCAACUACAUCCAGCAGGACAACCUGCAGGCGCCGAUCAAGAUCCUGCUCUCGCAGCACAUGAAGCGGCCGAGCGCGCGCCACCGCAGCAUCUACCGCGACAUCCUCUACCUGGCCUUCACCGCAUGCGGACGCGACCGCAUCGACCACGUUGCGUUCGACCGGGAGUAUCGGCUAGCGUUCCGCUCGCUCGGCUCCAAACACCUCGCCAAGCUGCAGAACGAUGAUCUGCCGCCUAGCAAUGCCAUCAUCUGGUGUCGCCGCAUGCUGACGGAGCUAGAGCUCGCCCCGCCCACCACGUAGAGCGUCCCCCGGAGGAGGAGGAGAAGACGGAGGGAGAGGGAGAGGGGGUGACGACGAGGGAAGACCGCGCGCGAUCCGAGAAGUGUCCGACCGGCCAGGGCGGCGUCGCAGACUCUAGGGCUCCGAGGUGGAGUCGGCUGGUUUUUCUUCGUGUUUAGUUAAGCACAGUGAGGACUGAAACGAGUGUGAGAGCGAGGGAGAGAGAACUAGAGAGAGAGAGAGAGAGAGCGAGGAGGGAGGGAGAGAGAGGAGAGGGAGCGAGAAUGAAAGUGGAGAGAAUUACCAGGCCGCUGUUAUGAUUUUUGAUGAUUUUUUGACAUUACUGGCAGUCUUUGGAGGAGGAGAAAUGGAUUGUUUCUCGUUGUUAUUAAUUAACGGACAGACAGGUGGACUUGUGCGUGCAUAUGUACGUGAAAAUCAGUCGCCGUUAACUGUUAAGUAUUAAAACGUUGGCGAGUAAUUAAUAGGGCAUAUGGGAAGUCUGUGAUACGUGUGUGGUCAUAAGAUGUGUAUCCAGGACCUGCCAUAGAAUGCUGUAUGACCACCAGAUCAAUCCAGCGUUUAUUAACGCAAAGCGAAAAUAACGGUUUGUAGAUAGAAAUCUCAGAGUAAUUCUCUGAAUCCUCGGAUGAAAUGGCACGAAAGAUGAAAUUUGCUGGCUAAUAUAUAAAUAUAUAUAUUUUUGAGGUUGUGUUGUUUCGUGGCUAUAGUUGAUAUAACUCGUGUGAGGCGAAUCAUGUUUAGGGCAGUAAAUUUUACUCGCAUUACGAUAUCGAUGUGUGUUUACACGGGGUGUUGUGGCUUGAGAUGCUUCGGUUUCUUCCCGAAAGAUAUUUAUCUGGAGGCGAGAUAUUGGUGGAUGGAUUUUAUUCACACAUGCACACGUCCGUUUUAAGUUGGUGAGUUCUUUAUCGGACAGUGUGCAGUGUACACCAGUCAGUGUUGGCUGGUACACCAGUCAGUAUUGGCUGGCAUACCACCAGUCAGUGUUAGCUGGUACACCAGUCAGUGUUGGCUGGUACACCAGUCAGUGUUGGCUGGUACACCAGUCAGUGUUGGCUGGUACACCAGUCAGUAUUGGCUGGCAUACCACCAGUCAGUGUUAGCUGGUACACCAGUCAGUGUUGGGUGGCACACCAGUCAGUGUUGGCUGGUACACCAGUCAGUGUUGGCUGGUACACCAGUCAGUGUUGGGUGUGUGACCAGUCAGUGUUGGCUGGUACACCAGUCAGUGUUGGCUGGCACACCAGUCAGUAUUGGCUGGCAUACCACCAGUCAGUGUUGGCUGGUACACCAGUCAGUGUUGGGUGGGACACCAGUCAGUGUUGGCUGGUAGACCAGUCAGUGUUGGCUGGUAGACCAGUCAGUGUUGGCUGGUACACCAGUCAGUGUUGGCUGGUAGACCAGUCAGUGUUGGCUGGUAGACCAGUCAGUGUUGGCUGGUACACCAGUCAGUGUUGGCUGGUACACGAGUCAGUGUUGGCUGGUAGACUAGUCAGUGUUGGCUGGUAUACCAGUCAGUGCUGGCUGGUACACCAGUCAGUGUUGGGUGGCACACCAGUCUGUGUUGGCUGGUAGACCAGUCAGUGUUGGCUGGUAGAC